AUGGAGAACCAAGCAGCCGAGCAACAGAAUUAUGAAGAUGUACAGAAAAGCGGCUAUCUCCGCAAGCAUAAAUCAAUGCACCGGCGAUUCUUCGUGCUGAGGGCGGCCUCGGAGCAUGGUCCUGCUCGGCUUGAGUAUUACGAGAACGAGAAAAAAUUCCGCAGUAAAUCACCUGUGCCCAAAAAAGUCCUGAACCUGGAGACUUGCUUCAACAUCAACAAGCGGGCAGAUUCCAAGAACAAGCACAUGAUAGUCCUUUAUACCCGCAGCGAGAGCUUUGCCAUCGCUGCAGACACCGAGGAGGUCCAAAAUGAGUGGUACCAAGCAAUGCUGGAUCUUCAGUGCAACUGUAAAACUCCUGAGGACUACGGCAGUAGUGGAGAGUGUAGCUCUCCCUCUCCUGUUCCAACCUUCAAAGAAGUAUGGCAGGUUAAGGUUUGGCCUAAAGGUCUUGGACAUGCCAGGAACUUAGUGGGAAUCUACCGGCUGUGCCUAACAGACAAGACAGUCAACUUUGUCAAACUCAACUCUGAUGUGGCCGCUGUGGUGUUGCAGCUGAUGAAUGUUCGCAGGUGUGGCCAUUCAGAGAAUUUUUUCUUCAUUGAAGUGGGUCGUUCAGCGAUUACUGGCCCUGGAGAGUUUUGGAUGCAGGUGGAUGACUCUGUGGUGGCUCAGAACAUGCAUGAGACUCUGCUGGAGGCCAUGAAGGCUCUAAGUGAAGAGUUUCGUCAGCGAAGUAAAUCCCAAUCUGUGGGAACAUCGUGUGGAGGUGGCACUGCUUCAAACCCCAUCAGUGUCCCAAGCCGUCGUCAUCAUCCAAAUCUGCCACCCAGCCAGGUGGGCUUCUCCAGACGAGCCCGAACGGAGACCCCCGGGACAGGAGGCAGCAGCACCAGCACAUCACCUACGUCACGCCAUGGAUUCCCAAGGGCACGAACUGCCAGCAUUGGGGCCAGGUCAGAGGAGGGUGGAGCAAGUGCCAAAGGAACAUGGGCCAGCUCCAGUCCAAGUCUUAAUGGUUCCUGCUCAACUACGCCAACACUGAGGCCCAAGCCCACCAGAGCCCCAACCCCUGCUAAGAUUACCCUCAGUCUUGCACGUUACACACCGAACCCUGCUCCCUCUCCUGCCCCAAGUCUGUCCUCCAGUUCUGGUCAUGGCUCAGAGUGUGGCCUGGUGGGGGCAGCAGUGGGAGGCAUGACAAUCUGCUCCUACCCUCGUGUUUCUCAGAGAGUUUCUGUUUCGGGAUCACCAAGUGACUAUGGCUCCUCAGAUGAAUAUGGCUCCAGUCCAGGGGAACACUCUCUGCUUGUGCCUAGUCUGUCUGGACAUCAUGUACAUGGAGAAGGCUCCUCCAGCUAUAUAGUCAUGGGACAGCGAGAAGGUCUCCUUGGUUCCCAUCAUCGCUCCAAAGGCCGACGGAUUCUGCGGCGCUCAUCUAGUCGUGAAUCUGAAGCGGAACGCAGACUGCUAAGUAAGAGGGCUUCCCUGCCUUUGGCAGCCCAUGAACGACUGAUUCCACAUAGAAAAGAUGAAGAUGACGAGGAUGAUGAAGAAUAUGCCAUCAUGUCGCAGAGUGCUAACCUAGAGAGACCUGAUUUGCACCAUGGCUCAGGUGCUCUGGCAGUAGAGGGUGGGCAGCUUGAUGUGGUAGGGGAGAAUAGAAAGAGGCCUGACAAAAGCAGGAGACAAGUGAAUGCAGGAGCAGUGGUGGAUAGUGGCUAUAUGUCAAUGCUGCCUGGAGUGACAUCUCCUCCUGUUUCACUUUCUCUCUCAAUAGGUAUGUCUGACGCCAGCGCUAAACCUGGGGCAGAUGAUGAGUACAUGGCCAUGACCCCAAACAACAGUGUAUCCCCCCCUCAGCACAUCCACCAGCCCAGCUCAGAGGGCUACAUGGUUAUGUCCCCCAAUAGUAGCAGCUCCACAGACUUGCACGGACUGGGCAUGUGGGAUAGCAGGGCGAGCAUGGAGAGCCGGGUUGUCAGUGACUACAUGAACAUCUCACCUGUCAGUAGCCGCUCUGCCUGCAGCACACCGCCUUCCCACCCUGAGCAGCACCAACUGCAACCAAAAAUGUUCAAUUCCUACUUCUCCCUUCCACGAGCUUAUCAACAUACUCUCUAUACUCGCUUUGAGGAGGAUUUAAACAAAGGGGAGGGAAAAAAGGACAGCAGUGGGAAUGAUGGUGCUGGAAGGGGAGGGGGAGUAGGAUACAGCAAGAGAAACAAAAUAACAGUGGGCUCUGCAGGAGGCUGCCAACUCUCCAUGUCUUCCUCUUCUUUCUCCUCCAGCUCAGCCAGUAGUGAAAGUCUAGAAGACAAGUCCAUAUCAGCAGGGAGAGGGUUAAGUUUAUUAAGAACUGGAGCAGAAUGCAAGAGUGCAGGAACAUGCACAAAAGAUGGUCGUCACCACCAAAAACGUGGAUCAAGUAGUAAGAGCCCAAAGCAACAAAGGAGGGGCCGUCCACUCAGUGUGUCUUCAGACAUUACUAAAGCAAACACCUUGCCCAGAGUGAAGGAGAAUCUGCCACCACUGGUGUCUCAGAACGUUGGUGAGUAUGUCAGUAUUGUAUUCAAGGAAGACAAUAAUGGAGGAAGACGUGCAGGAUCAGAACGAAGGCAACCUGUGAUCCAUGGAACCCUAAGGCCCGUGAAUCAACCACUCCUGUGCCACGAUAAUCCUGCCAACCUUCCCCGCAGCUUUUCUGCUCCGUUGUCCACCUCUGCUGAAUAUGUAAGCAUGGAUUUAGGGAAGUGCUCAACCCCCCUGACUCCUGCUAGGUCCACAUUCAGCACCCAACAGGGCCCACCAGCUGUUGCUUCCAAGGCACGACAUGAACACGGUACGUCCUCUCCUUUGGCUGCAGAGGGCAUCGCUGGGUACCGAUCAAAAGGAAAGAUGGCAGAAAUGCCAACAGACGUUCCUAUACCAUUUACAGACGACAAAAGUUCAGAUCCCAGCAUUUCAGCAAGACCUGCCAUCCACUCUGGUCAACCCGUAUCCAUGGAACAGGAGCCAGGUUUGGGCUUUUCCCCAGUCAAGUCCUUUCAGUCUCCUGAGCGAAGCAGCAGGCUGGUCCGAGGUGACCCGCAGGGACGGCGGAGCCACCGUUCAGAGACGUUUAACUCACCUCCCCGUCUAGCACGCCACCCACCGUCUUCUACCUCCCUCUUCCCAGAGGGCAGCCAGGCAGCGAGCCAUCGGCAUGGUUUGGACUGCUCACUGUGGGAGAACGUGCAGGCAGCUAGUUUGUCUGCCACACCUCCACCACAAGCCUCCACCUCAUCUUCUGAACAAGGCCUUAACUAUAUUGACCUUGACUUGGCCAUUAAGGAGAGCCCUCAAGCUGGAGUGGAACGUACCUCUGCUGCCUACAACAUUGGAGGAAGUGUUAUGGGUAGCAGUGCUGGCUCCAGCCUCAACACUUAUGCCAGUAUUGAUUUCUAUAAGUCAGAAGAACUGAGAGCACACCAGAAUAGUAGAAACGAUGGUCUAGGAUUUCUCAUGGCAGCUCUGAGAUUCUUGAUUUCCGUGCUUGUCUUGGAUCUGAGCGUGACGCUGGUGAGACAGUUCCACACUCAGUCUGCGAGGGGACGGUCGGCAGCCCGAUCUGUUGCCACAACAGAACUGUACAUUGGAGUCUGA